GAGAAAGAGAGAGAGAGAGAGAGAGAUGCAACAGUGUGAUUCCCCUUGUAGUUUUUAUAUAACAAUGAUGGACCAGGAGACACGAAGCGAACCCUUCCUGUUGCGUGUCUGAUACAGUGAGCGACACUCGUCGUCGGCGGGAAGCCCAUCAACACCCCCACAGCCCAAUAGGCCAAUACCUCUCUCUUCUCUUCUCUUCUCUCCCAGCUUACCUUAAAACCAGGCGAGUCUCUCUCUUAAUCCAAUCUGAUUCGGACUUUGGCUUCCCCUUGCUGAUUUUGCCCGAAUCGUACGGACAUUGUUUCUGGGUCUCUUGUCCUAGUCACUGUUGUCUCUCUGUCUCUGGCCCUUCUCUGUUUUCUCCUUCUAUCUCAUCAGCUCAGCUGCAACACUGUUCGAGUUUUCCGGCCUUAUUAUUUCGGUGAUUUGAUUUGAUCUUGGUCUAGUAUCCCUGCUGAUUAUUGGGUCCCGGAGUUUCCAGAGAAGAAGAACCGUUACAAGUUUCUCUGCUUUUUGUUUUUCCGGUUUGUCAUGUAGAGAAAGUAGAAGGUUUUGAUAUCUAUGAAGACACCAACCUCUUGGAUAUGGGUGUUCAAGAAGAAGAACAGCUUCUCUGAUGGGGGAAAAAGCGGAGGAUUAAAGAUGAAGCAGGUGUCGUUUAUGGGAGUUGUGUGUACAGUAAUGUUGUUCAUCGUGUAUAGAACCACCAAUUACCAAUAUCAGGCUUAUAAGGAGACAGAGAUGGAAGAAAGAAUGCAUCCCUUUAAUCAGGAAAUUCUUUUGAGUUCCAGAAAAUUGGAUGGUUUACCUCGUGGCAUAAUACAAGCUAGGUCGGAUUUAGAACUGAGGCCUUUAUGGCUGACUAGUUCAAAGUUAACGGUUGAUUAUAGCAAUCGCAAUUUACUGGCUAUUGCAGCUGGUAUUAAGCAGAAACAUAGUGUUGAUGAUAUUGUGCAAAAGUUUCUUCCAGAAAACUUUACGAUUAUACUAUUCCAUUAUGAUGGGAAUGUUAAAGGGUGGUGGGAUCUUGAGUGGAGUAAUCAGGCCAUACACAUAGUUGCCCACAACCAAACAAAGUGGUGGUUUGCAAAACGAUUUCUACAUCCAGAUAUUGUGUCCAUUUAUGAUUACAUAUUCCUUUGGGAUGAAGAUUUGGGGGUCAAGGAUUUUAACCCAGCAAGGUACCUUGAAAUUGUAAGAGAAGCAGGACUGGAGAUAUCUCAGCCAGCUUUGCAUCCAAAUUCAUCUGAUAUACAUCAUAGAAUUACAGUUCGUGCUAAAAAAAAGAAGUUCCAUAGAAGAGUUUAUGAUAGUAGAGGCAGUGUGAAGUGUACAGAGGAAAGUCGAGGACCACCAUGCACUGGGUUUGUGGAAGGUAUGGCUCCAGUCUUUUCAAGAUCUGCCUGGCAUUGCACUUGGCAUCUUAUACAGAAUGAUCUUGUACAUGGAUGGGGUCUGGACAUGAAGCUUGGGUAUUGUGCACAGGGGGACCGUACAAAGAAUGUUGGAGUUGUUGAUAGUGAAUUUAUUUUUCAUAAGGGUAUACAAAGUUUGGGAGGGGGUGACUCACCCGAAAAAAAGGUUUCCAAUUCUAAGAAGAAACGUAUUGUUUCAAAUCACGAUGGAAGAACCGAGAUUCGGAGGCAAUCAACGCGGGAGUUUACAAUGUUCAAAGAACGGUGGAAUCGUGCUGUAGAAGAGGACAAGAAGUGGAUUGAUCCAUUCAGAACUGACCAAAGACGGAGAAAGAAACAGCGGUUACGCAACAACCAUUGAAGCUUUUUAACUUGAGAAAAUUCUUAGUGCACCUUCUCAUACACAAUCCUCUAUACUCGAUAGUUUAGUAUGUGUAGCGUUCAUUGAACUCAAUAAUCUAUUCAUUUUUUGAACCUUCGAAAAA